CUCGGUUAUUGCUGACGGAUGACACGAAAACAACGACGGUCAUCACCUGUAUAAAAGUACGAGGAAUCUUACUCUGAACCAUCAGUCUUCUGGCGAUCCUCUUGCAAAUCAACAUGGCUGGAAAGCUCGUCGUACUCUUAAGCUUGGCGGCUGUUACGAAGGGAGCCUUGGUGGCCACAUUGCCAGCAGUACCUGCUCCCGUCGUGGGAGCCGUGCCUGCGGCGAAACUCGAGGAAUUGGACGCGAUUCCCCAAUACAGUUUUGCGUACGACGUCCAGGAUGCUGUCACAGGGGACUCGAAGGCUCAGUACGAGACUAGGAACGGCGACAUAGUGCAGGGUAGCUACAGCUUGAUUGAAGCAGACGGUACCCGUCGCAUCGUGGAAUACACGGCAGACCCAAUAAACGGAUUCAACGCAGUAGUCAGUCGGGAACCAGCCACAGCUCUGGCUGCCAUUGCUGCCCCAUUGGCGUCCUACGCACCUGGCAUCGUUCCAGCAGCAGCAGGCGCACCUGUUUUCCCUGCACCACCUGCACCAGCGCCAGCGAUCCCCGCUGCUGGACCAGACUCUGACGUCGAGGUCGUUGAAGCUAGAUCCGGUCCCCUGGUCGCAGCUGCGCCGACAACGCGCGACCAACAGCUUCGACAGCAACAGGAACAACAGCUGCAACAACUGCGCGAACUCGAGAGGCAGCAACGGGAACAGCAGCAGCAGCAGCUCAGGCAGCAGCAGCAGCUCCAACAACAGUCCAGACUGCAGUUGCAGCAGCAGAUUCAAUCGAGACAACAGGAUAGGCUGGAUCAAGGAAGGAGACAACAAGAACAAGAGCAACCCCAGAGACUGCAGCAGGCUCGAUCACAGGAACAACAACAAGAUGCACCAGUGAAGGCUGUUGCUGCCCCGGUGCAGGUGCCCAUUGCUCAACGACUGGUUGGACUACCUCCAGCAAACGUCAUCACCAGCUACGCCAACUACCCCUUCGCCUACGCCUACACGUCUUCCUAUUCCUCGCCUUUGGCAUACGCAGCGCCCAUCUCUUACGCACCUGCCGCUCCAAUUCUUUGAAAUGUUUUUUUUUAUUUUUAAUUUGAAUUGUUAUCGCACACGACCGCAAAAUUGAUAUCGAUGUUUGACUUACAAAGCUCGAAAUAAAUCUCGCUUUCGAUCACCUGCGGAGUAGCCGGUUUAUGUACUCGAGUUCCUGUGAUUUAUUUCUUAACGAUUCUCAGCUCUGUUAUCAGCGUACUUUAUCCGAGAAAUCUGUAAAGUUUGUAUUAUCUGUAAAGUAUAUAAUAUUUGACAAAUAAUCUCGCGAAUGUUUCCAGUGGCGAAUAAAAGACGAACAGAUUUUAAUUUUAAGUGGAGAAUUGUAUUUCGUGAUGGAGGAAUAAACAUUUGUUCCAAUGAAUGUUUAAUGGAACAGAGUUGCGAACAAAUUCCUGCACGUUCAUUUUAUUCGCCGUUUUUCGUUCGAGUAAAGUUUCAACUACCUCUGAUUCUUUCGAGAUUCGUGGGAGUAUUACAUCUCGCAAGGAAAUGAAAUAUUCAUGAGAAAGUAACGAGUUGAACUACUUUAUGUAUGUAAUGAGUGUACAAUGUAUAUACUCAAACACCAAACUAAAUUUAAGUUUACUGUUCGAUCGAUUACAGUGGAGUACAUUAAAGUUCAGAUAACUUGUUUUAUAUUUUCGAUCAUUACUUCGACUAACGAUAGAAGAAAGUACAAUCAGUGAAAGAUAAUAUAAAUAUCAAUUAAAGUUAUAAAUUAUAUAAAUAUCACGUUAAAUGUGAAAUUUCCUUAUAAUUUAAUAUUUUCGUUUGCAUCAACUUCUUUUUGUGAUCCGAAGUAACAAGCCACAUAAUUAAACAAGCUGUUUAAUUUUUUCAUACUACAUUUAUAAAAUACACGAAGUAAUAAAUGUGUAUCUACAUACACUCGUGAAUAUAAGUAUUCGAGUAAUUUUGCGCUGCACCAUUUACUUUUGUAAAUUAUUCAAGAUUGCUUAAAACCGGUCUCCUCGUUUUCACAUUUCGCAUUUACAAUUCCAAGAACUCUAUUUUCACGUAACUUGGCCGAAAUAAAUUUUUGUUUGUACAAUUGCGCAAAAUUCAACGAAUGUACUAUUUUUGGACAUUUUUACUAGCGACGAUAACUGAUAAAUGUUUGGUUUCGUAUCUCGUUCGUUAUCCUCUUCGAGCAGCCGUUCCAGUUCUACCAAUUCCGAGAAAAAGUUCUUCGCUCGUGCUUUGCAUAUUGAUAAUUGGUGGUCUCAAUUUUCAACAUUAUGCGGGCCACUGUCGUAUUGCGAAAUCCAUACAGCGAGUGACUUUAGUAGUUGACCACUUCGCAAUUUUUACUUUGACGCUUUGCAAUUUUGUUUGUGACGAACUAAUUAAGGGACAAUUUAUAUUAACACUUUAUCUACCGAGCUACUUAGAAACAGUCUUUAAUUCAAAAAAGAAUUUUCUAUACUAGCAUGUGCCAAUACAAGCUGAUAAUAAUUUCUCAAUACUGUUACUAGAUACAUUGAAAGCCAAGUCUGUUUCCAAACAUUGAACAUUGUAAGUAGACAACCAUCAACACAGUAAAUAAAUUCGAAUAGCUAAAUACUGCAGUUAAAAAGCCUAUAAAUAGGCUCCCGGUAAAUAAAGUGUUAAGAUAUUGAGUUCAGUUAUUAAAAAAUAGUAAAUAGUAAAAGUGACUCCUUUUUUCACGAAUAUUUAUUGGAGAAGAUACAUUUAACGCGCAAUGGGACAUUAAUAUUAUAUACCUAUCUUUCGAUUUACAUUGAUUACUCAAAUUCCGUGUAGAAAUCAUAAUUUUUGUAAUAAAGAACCGACAAAUUGAAAAUUACUUGAGAAUUACAUUUACGUAUUCCAAGAACAGUAGAAAUGGAAAAAGAAAAAAUACCAGUCUAUAAAAUAACAAAUACAUAAAGGUAAAUUUAAUCAUUUUAAUUUUCAUUUCUACUUUAACUAGUACAUUCCAAGCGUCAGAAUAUUAAAGUAAUCCCAAAAGUAGACAUUGGUUUGUGCGUGAUUCAUUUUAUAACAAACUUAAUUAAAUACAUUAAAUUAAUACAUUAACUUUAUAUUUGAUAAUGAAACUACAUUUAGAUAUAUAAUAAUAUGUACCUUAAAGAAUUUUUAUUGAAACGAUAACAAUUUUAUUUACACUUUUUAUUAUAAUUUCUUAUUUUUUUUUCAAUUUUACAAAAUCUUUUUCAAACGAUUUAGUGGAACGUCUAAAAAAUAAAUGAUCUUGCGGUGGGCACGAUAAUUCAAAUCAGGUUCAAGCUAGAACAGUGAAACAAAAUUAAUUAGUUUCCUUAGUCCAAAAAUUAGUGAAAUACAUAGUUGUUUUCAAAAAUAUACAUUUUCAAUAAAAUUGUAUUGUUUCAAAGUAAAACACACAAAAGCCUAAAAUUACGGUUAAUGUUGGACAAAAAAAUACAAAUAUUAAUAUAACAAUAAAAUUUUACCUAUUUCACUAAAAAAAACAUAUGAUGAGUACAUAAAAAGAGAUUCGAGUCGAUCGAUUGAAAAUUUGAUGGAGAGUUUCAGGAUGUAUAAACCCAUUCUUAUUAUAUAAUUAUAUUUAUUAGAGAUAAUAAAGAAGAAGAAUAUAUGUGAGAACGUCGAACAUAAAACUUACCUGAUAUCAUAAAACUGUGCCAACCUACCAACUUAUUAAAACAAAAGAUAACUAAAACUAACUCUCGUGGGUGAUCAGUACUACCAACAAAAUUCCCGAGACUACAGUGACCAUCGAUUUUUGAAAAUGCUGUUUCGAGAAAAACGCUUUCAAAGUUUUCGUUACGUUGAUGCGCUCCUCUCUAAUGUUCGAAACUGUUCGUUGAUAUCGAUUUCUAAUUAUCGGGAUAUCAUUUUCGUAUACAGGGUGUCCCAGGGAGGUCCUUCAAAGGGGUGGUUCGGGAGGUGAUUUGAAACAACUUUUUCCUUAGCGAAUAUGUCCGAGGCUUCGUUGAGGAGAUAAUAACGGAAAACACUGAUCAAUUAGAGUGCGUAGCCUACCCUACCUCGACCAAUCAGAGAGCGAGUAUGCUUGUGGAACGCCCGCGGUAGCAUACGCUACGCGCUAGAUGGCCGCGCUCCGAUUGGUCGGGGUAGCGAAGGCUACGCGCUAGGCGGCUGCGCUCAUAGGCUACCGCGGCCGCUCCACCGGCAUACUCACGCUCUGAUUGGUCAGUGUUUUCCGUUAAUAUCUCCUUAACGAAGGCUCAGACAACAUUUUCACUAAGAAAAAGGUUGUUUCAAAUCACCUCCCGAACCAUCCCUUUCAAGGUGUUACAAUAUUUUUGGGACACCCUGUAUAUGUGUAAAGAAAAAGUAGGUGUUGACCGGCUGCUUUUAAAAAUAAUCACACGAAAGCAACACUAACGAAAAAGUGGAAAACAGUGUGAAGAAAAGAUUAAGGGCUACAAUAUUAAAGGAUCGACAAAACCGUGUAAAUAAACUUUUAAUGUCGUUUCUUUGUUUUUCAGGUAGGAUAGGGUAGUUAUAAUGUAAAAAUGUACAAAUGUAAAUGUAUGUUAGGAUAAAUAAAAACUUUGU